CCAGCCAGAAGUGACACUCUGGGAGGGGAAGCAGAACAAACUGUAAGCUGCUGGGGAUCCAUCUUGCUCGAAAAAGCGACGAGGGUGAAGGAUUUUUCCAAGUUUAGUAUCUCAGAAACUGUAUCGUCCCCCGUUGAGCGCGCUGGGGAGCCCGAGGAGGGGCUGUGUCGCUGUUUGUAGGAUGUCCCGACAUGAGGGUGUGAGCUGUGAUGCGUGUUUAAAAGGCAACUUUAGAGGAAGACGGUUCAAGUGUUUAAUUUGCUACGACUACGACCUCUGUGCAUCGUGCUACGAGAGCGGAGCCACAACAACAAGACACACCACAGAGCACCCAAUGCAGUGUAUAUUAACCAGGGUAGAUUAUGACUUGUAUUAUGGAGGAGACACCUUUUCAGUAGAACAACCGCAGUCGUUCACAUGUCCUUACUGUGGCAAGAUGGGCUUCACAGAGACAUCCCUACAGGAGCAUGUCACCUCAGAGCAUUCAGAGACCUCCACAGAGGUGAUCUGUCCAAUAUGUGCUGCCUUGCCAGGAGGGGACCCCAACCACGUCACAGACGACUUCACAGCUCACCUUACCCUCGAACACAGAGCGCCAAGAGAUUUAGAUGAGUCCAGCAGUGUCCGACAUGUACGCAGGAUGUUCCACCCUGGUCGAGGGCUGGGCGGCCCAAGGGCACGACGGACAAAUAUGCACUUUACUAGCGGCUCUACGGGGGGACUUUCAUCCUCCUCAUCACAGAGCUCCACUUACACCCCCAGUAACAGAGAAGCAAUGGACCCCAUCGCAGAGUUGUUGUCUCAGCUGUCAGGUGUGCGACGUGCUGCAGGGGGCCAAAUAAACUCGUCGGGGCCUUCAGCCUCCCAGCUCCAGCAGCUCCAGAUGCAACUGCAGUUGGAGCGGCAGCAGGCUCAGGCGGCACGACAGCAAGUGGAGACGGGCCGCCAUGCAACGCGACGCAGCAACAACCCAGGCAACACUGGCACCACCAUCCCUCCACCCAGCACAGCAACUGCCAACACCGCCACUGUGGGUGAAAGCAAUCCCUCGUCCUCAUCCCACAGCUCCCAGUUCCUAUUAGCACGGUUGAAUGAACCCAAGAUGUCCGAAGCAGAGCGGCAGUUUCUAGAAGGAGAGCGAGCUGACCGCAGCCUGUUCGUCCAGGAGCUGCUUUUGUCCACACUGAUGCACGAAGAGAGCUCCUCUUCCGACGAGGACGAGCGCCGAGACUUCGCCGACUUCGGAGCCAUGGGCUGCGUGGAUAUCAUGCCUUUAGAUGUGGCACUGGAGAACCUCCAGCUUAGAGAGAGCAGCUCUACGGGGAAGGAGCCUCCGCCGCCUCCUCUUUGAUGUCCGAGCAUCAAGCAGACUGUGUCCUCUGUGCUGCAACUGUCAGUGAUGGGCAGCAAACAGCAGCAGUCCCCCCUCCACCCCGGCCUCGCCCUCCUUUUUCCCUCCUCUAUUUUCUGAGUUUGUUUUUCGGUGAUUGUAAUUUCAGGCCUGUCACCAUAUUUGUUACAUUGUAAACAAAAAUAAAUGAGAGCAAGUGGGAUAAAUGUGCGAGUGCGCAAAGCAACUGAGUGAGAGAGCAAGAGAAGAGAAAUAUAUAAAUAUAUAUAAAAUAUAUAUGAAGUUGAUAAUCAAUCCACAUAACUUUUCUUUUCUUUAUCAGGUAAAUGUUGCAGGCAGCUGUGGCAGACCUUUGCUUCCUGUGACAUGCAAAUGGCUCUCCGUAUAAAUACUCCACAUUCAAAAGUCAAGAGGGCACAGGCGCCUCUGAUGAAGCUGCUGUGUGUGUUUAUGACUAUUAAUAAAUAAAAAGUGCUUGGAUGGGUUACCAUAACUACUGCAUGCAGUUAUUUGCGGCGUGCAUGAUUUUUAAUGACCCUGUCAUUAAAACCUUUUUUUAUUUAAUAUCCCAAAGCUUUCAACUGUUUUAAAUGGUUACUUCAAAUAUGGUUAAAUAUUGAAAAUUGAGUAGUUUACAAAACUGACAUGCAGAAAUUAAACUCUAACAAUUAAUUUUGUUAGAUUUUUGUUGAAUGAAUAUUUUCAAAUGAAGAGAUUGCAGUGGCUUCUGAAGAAAUGCUGCAAUGUGUGUUUCUCAGCUUCGGUUCGCCUUUUUCUCUGUGACGACUGUUUUUGAAUUUGUCGACUGCGGCUGCACGCAUCAGAUGAAAACUAGGAACAGAAGAAAAGAUGUUUCCUAGAUGUUUAUGUUUAGUUGUAAGCUGUUAAGGCACAGUAUGCUUAAUUAUUUAUAGACAGACGCCCAACUCGACCCAGUGCUCCUCCACACUCUGCUCAUGUCAGACCACAUGCUUUCGAUGGCUUGUAUGAAUUUCUUUGCUGGAUAUCAGGAGCUUGAGACUUUUCCACACUGCAUUUUUUUUCCUUUUUGUUUUUUUGAAAGAAGACAUUCUUAUUUUUUUCUGCUAAAGCUAGCACUUUCUAUUUAUUCAUGUUUGUUUUCUGAUUCUUUUGAGCCUUGAUAUGGAUCAUGCCACCUUCAUGCCUAUACUUUUACCCUCUAUGUAAAAUACAAUGAGAUGUAUAUUGAAUUUGUGCGUUAACUUUCAUAAUGGUUCUAAGACAUGGGCAGACUUUUUUUAAAAAAUGUAAAUUUAGAAUACAAUAAAUAUAAACUGCGCACAGCUUUUGAUGAAAGCAAGAGACCACCA